AUGGAAGACAUCGAUCUAGAAUUGGAUGAGAUGGAACUAGUUGCGGCUGCUGCUGGCUACUAUUACUAUAGCUGUCUAACCAAGCAACCUUCUCGUUGUCUAUCACCUAGGAGAUGCGAAUUUGUGUCAGAAGUGCUGAAUGGUCAUGAUGACUACUGCCGGGAAAUGUUGCGGAUGGACAAGCAUGUAUUUCACAAGUUGUGUGACAUUCUCCGUCAACGAGCCAUGCUACGUGAUACUGCAGUCUUGCAGCCUCCUCAGCUCACUACACCUCCAGAAGUUAUCAACAGCACUAGGUUUUUCCCGUAUUUCAAGAAUAAGAAAGGUGUCCUAUCUCAAAAUGUACUGGCAGCCUGCACAUUUGACCUGCAGUUUAUAUUCAUUUAUCCUGGUUGGGAAGGCUCUGUCACAGACUCGCGCGUGUUAAGGGCAGUCCUUGACAACCCAGAUCAGAAUUUCCCUCAAAUACCUGAAGGAAAGUACUACCUUGUUGACUCGGGAUACCUCAAUACAGGAGGGUUUAUUGCUCCUUUUGAAGGUGUUCGAUACCAGCAAUACGAGUUCAGAGGUGCGAAUCAGCUACCCAGAAAUGCAAAGGAGCUGUUCAACCAUAGGCACUGUUUUCUGAGGAAUGCUAUCCUGAGAUCAUUCAAUGUGUUGAAGGCUAGAUUCCCUAUCCUUAAACUUGCUCCUCAGUAUUCCUUUCAGAUUCAGCGGGACAUGGUCAUUGCUGGAUGUGUUCUGCACAACUUCAUCCGCCGCGAGGAAAGAAAUGAGUGGUUAUUUGAUAGCGUUGGAGCAGCACCAGUGGAUGAACCGUCAGACCCCGAUGAUCUACCUGAUGUCCAGUUUCUCUCUUCAAUGCAAGAACAGUUUGCGUACUCGUUAAGGGAUUCAAUUGCUGCAUCUAUGUGGGAUGAUUUCCUUAAUAAAUGGGACGAGUGGUGAUUCUUAGCCACCCAAAUUUCACAACCUUGUGAAUGAUUCUUUUUUGGACUUUGGGUCAAUACUGAUGACCACAGACCACUGACAAUAGAUUUGAUAGUUAGGCCAAUACUCAACAUAUUUUAUUAACAUGAAAUUUUGUAUAGGCCCUUAUAUUUUUUACUAAAUGAGAUUAUGGAGGUUGCUUGGGUUACUUAAAUGCAGAUACUGCUAUGGGCAUAAUCACAUUGUUAGC